AUGAAGGGUGAAUUGUCUCGUUGCCUAUGGGCACGCACGGCACGCAGCUGCCCCACCUUUAUCUCUGUGCGUUUUGGUGCGACUGCCUCCGCUGACGAUUUUCCAUCGUCUGUUCUUCCCCCACACAGGGGAUACGACUUACAUAGCUUUAGUUCCUCAUAUACACCUCGACUCCCCGUUCACCAAAGGCAGAGCUACGGUACCGCUGUUAUUCGUCGGUGCUUCUCCGGUCCAACUCCGAGUUUGGCGGUGGAAGCUUUGAGUUGUGCUGUGCCUGCUGUGCUGUGCCUGCAGUGCUGUCGCUCGCACAUUAGUUCCUUCAAGGAGGAGGGGUACUACCGCCUCGCGCAACUGCGGGACAUUCAGAUAGACGAGAACUGCUACACUUUGCGCAUGGCCCGUGGCGGUGGACCGGGGGGUCAAGGGGCGAACAGCAGCAGCAACAAGGUGGAACUGCGUGCCAGCGUCGUUGCUCUUAGUGAACAUUUCGACGAGGAGCUAAUUCACAGACUGAAGGACAAUGAGCACGGUAAGGCACUCACCGCGGACGGAGCGAUAUUGGUUAUUUCAAGCCAUGAGCACCGCAGUGCACAUCAGAACAAAGAGGCUUGUUUGCGCCGUCUACGGGAAAUGAUUCAAAAGGCCUCAUGGGUGCCUCCAGUGGAGGCGGGUUCCAUCAAACGCCCCACAACAAUCAUAACGGCGCACAAGGUGGAGCGGCGAAAGAAGGGUUCAUUGAGAAAGAUGCAACAAACAGCACGCAAAGGCCUCUGGUGA